AUGACGAACUGGAAUAGGUUAAUAAGAUUUGUCGCUGAAGAUGGCAAAAUUUACAGUGGUGAACCAAUAGUCACUGAAUCCGAUUACGAUGUUGGAAAACAAUUCAGCGAAAGUAGAACCAUUAAAGCUAAGGUUGUUGUUGGUGACAUCUUUGACGAUGCCUUGGUGACUGAUGAAGUAUUAGCAGUUAAGUAA